CCGGGACGGUGGCCGAGAGGGUGCAGAAUAAGUAGUGAUCCCCGGUCGGGACGGGGAUGGUGGCCAGCAUGGAGUACCUGGAGCGUUGCGCCUGGUUCCUCCGCACUACGCUAGUGCGGGCGCCUGUGCGGCGCUACCUGCCUUGGGCGUUGCUCGCCUUCAUGCUGGGCGGCUCCCUUGUCAAGGAGUUCUCCCCGCUGCCUGCGAGCUACCUCAGCAACAAGCGCAACAUCUUUAACGUGUAUUUUGUCAAAGUGGCCUGGGGCUGGACCUUCAUCCUCCUCCUGCCUUUCAUUGCCCUCACCAACUAUCAUGUGACAGGGAAGGCUGGUGUGGUCCUCAGGCGGCUGUGCACACUGCUGGUGGGGACAGCGAUCUGGUAUGUCAGCACAACCGUCUUCUUGCACGUUGAGCACUACACCGGCAGCUGCUACAAAUCACCUGCCCUGGAAAGUAUCCGAAAAGAGUAUAACAGCAAGGAGGAAUGCCGAAAAGGGGGCGGUUUUUGGCAUGGCUUUGACAUCUCUGGCCACUCCUUCCUUCUGACCUACUGUGCUCUGGUCAUUGUGGAGGAGAUGGCUGUUCUGCAAGAGAUCAAGAUGGACAAGAACCACAGCCUGCACUUCACUCUCACCUCCUUGGUCGUUGCCUUGGGCUGCUUGGCAUAUAUCUGGGUUUGGAUGUUCCUUUGCACUGCUGUUUAUUUCCAUGACCUGUCCCAGAAAGUGUUCGGUACCCUGUUUGGCUUGGUGGGCUGGUAUGGAACAUAUGGGUUUUGGUACUUGAAACCCUUUUCUCCUGGACUUCCUCCCCAGGGCUCCAGUCUGAAUUUGAAGCAAGAUAGUUACAAGAAAUAAAAAGAAAGAUUAGGGAGGGACAAGAAGGUUAAUCUAUCUUCAUUUAUUUUGAUUAGGUAUCUUUGCUCAAUUAUCGAUCCAAUCUCACUUGACAGUUUUAACAAGGAUGGGGCUGGAGAGUGGCCCUUGUGGAAUGAGUUCGUCCCUGUCUUGUUCUUGGCAAAUGUGUGACACUUGACAGUCUCACAGCAAGGAAGAGAUGAAAAGCAGCUUACAAUCCCACAAAAGAAGCUGUCUGGGAUCAUUUGAUAUAGGGACAGUAUCUCUGAGCAUGAAUUGUACUGUUUAACCAGAUUGGCCUGGGCUUCCUCUGACCUUCACCUGGGACUUCCUUGGUCUUUUGAGGACCAGGACUAAGAUACAUGUCCAAGGGCUAGUUAUGCCUAUAUGCAAGCAAGAUUAAGGGCCCCAGAAUCGUCUUUAUCUUCUGCUGUCUCCUAGCUGCCAAUUGUCUUUUCAUUUGAGUGACCCUUAAUAUUAUUUAAAUGUUUGCCUUGAAUACUCUUUGCAUAAGUUUUUCAGGCUAGGAUCUUGCCCAUGGGGGGAAAAAGCCUGGAAAAGCAAUCUUGUAAUAUUUACAUUUCUUCAGUUAACUGUAAAUAUUGCAGCCAGAUUCUGAUUGACUGCCUUUUAAACUGGAGUGCCUUAAAGACAAAAGUAUUAGAUAACUUUGUGCACUCACUAAAAGUGAGUAAUUGUCCAUUUGUAUUUUGUUGAAACUAUGAGAAUGCUUGUUUCUUCGAGUAAAUUCUAUAUGGUUGCUGGCAGUAACUGGGUGGUUGGUUAAAACCUUAAAUGACAGUUCUUAAGGUUUACACCCCCCAGUCAUGUAUUUUGUUAUAUAUUUAAAUUGUUUUCUUUCUUGUCUUUUUUCCCCUUUUUUGCCCUUGAGCACUAACUGACUUUUGAAAAACCAAAAAUUGUGGUUUGUGAUGUUAAAUAAGUUGCAGCUCAAAAAACUGUAGGGAAUAGAAGGUAACAAUUUUACGAGGUUUAUUAGCUGAUUCAAGAUGAUCUUGCCAGAAUUAGUCUUAGUACUAAUAUUUCAUUUUCCUGAAUAUCACUCAGUGAUAUAGAGAGUACCUUUAUUGGGUAAAAAACACACAAAUUGGGCUGCCAUUGUCUUGAUAUUUUCUGUUUUGGGAAAAAAAAAUCAUGAUAUGCUCUUUAGUGCUCAAAGGCAGUAUUGCCAUUAUGAGUAGUGGCAAGAAGCCAGUUCGUUUAAAAAACAUCCUAACUAGGAGACUUGCCUUCUAGUCCUGGUUCCUCCACUAGCUAGUUUUGUGACCUUUGGCAAAUCCUUUCCUUCUUUGGGCCUCAAUUUCCUCAUCUGUAAAACAAGGAUUUAGAAUAGAGCUCUAUGAGCCUUUUUUUGGUCUUCAGUUAAAUUUUAUUUUCAGAUCUACAUUUUCAUCCUGCUACCUCCACCUAGCCCUUCUUCCAACUAAGAAAGCCAGAAAAACAAAACAAACAUGUUACAAACCUGUAUAGUCAAGCAAAACAACUUCCCACAUUAGCUGUGUCCAAAAAAAAAAUAAGUCUCAAUCUGUACUGAGUUCAAAGUACUUCUCUAGCAAGAGAUGGAUAGCAUGUUUCAUUUUGGAAUUGUGAUUGGUCAUUUUGUUGAUAAGAGUUUCUACACUUUUUACAAUUUUUUAUCUUUAUGAUAUUGCUAUUACUCUAUAAAUUUUUCUCCUGGUUCUGCUCAUUUUACUAUGCAUCAGUUCAUAAAAGCCUUUCCAGAUUUCUCUAAAACCAU